AUGACCGCUGUUACUUCUACUCCCGGUAUGAAACCAAACCUGACGUGGAAAGAGAAAAUCUCUCGAGCUUGGUCCGACACUACCAACGGCAGCAACGCUUUGAUUCGUAUUCUAGGCGUAUUGGCUGCUCUUGCUACGUUCGUUGCCGGCUUGCUGAGUAUGUUCAACUUCUUCAACAUGGUUACUAAUCCUCUGUCCUAUAUUCUCGGUGUAUUCUUUAUGAUAUUUGGUAUCGCUCUGACCUUCAUAGAGUUGUUCCCCGGAUCGAAACUCUCCAAGGUCAUUUUCUCUCAAGCGAAGUUCUUGAGUCAUCUCCUUGGUCGUGGUUCGUUCUACCUCUAUCUCGGUCUCCUGUUCACAUGUGGUGGCGUGCAACAUGGAUUCACGUCCAUCAUUGCUUUCGUUGUUGGUCUAUAUCUGAUCGCAGUUGCUGUUAUCUUCGGCAUUUGGGGUUUUACUCAUCGCAAGGAAGUGUCGAUGACUGAGCCUCUAAACGGCGCUACCAAUGUAUAA